GUGCCGCUCCGCGCUCCGAGGCGCAGCCGGUGGCGGGCGAUCCGCGGCACCGCGGCCAGCCUGGGAGCCAGCGCCGCGCCCCGUAGCGUGCCCGCGCCACUGCCAGUGCUGAGCUGCGCACCGUGCCCGGCCUGGGAAGCCUCCCUUUCACAUUCUCCUGGGGCUUUUUUUUUUUUCCCUUCUUGCCUACUUCUGUCUGAGGGGUUACGGUCUCCUGGGGGAAUUUCCAUGGCUGGAGGCCCGGCCGGGGCCGGCCGGCCCCGCGCAGCCCAGCCCAGCCCAGCCCAGCCCGCGGGCCCGUGGCUGGAGGGCGGCAGGAGCUGCACAACCGCCGCCCCGAGCCGCAGCCGCCGCCAGCCGGAGCGGGCUGUUUCAUUGUCCGGAAAUGAUGGAGAAGGAGUGACUGUGGCGGCGGUGGGACAGCGGCUGGUCGCGUGUUAGUUUUGUUGGAGAGGGGGUGCAGGCUCUCGGUUACUUGGCGAGAGAGCUGGCAGAUGUCCCAAGUGAGAGAACCUCUUCCUCCGGGGCCUGGAGGGCCAGAGCAAGCUCCGACUGAAAACAGCUCUUUGAUCUCCCUCCCUCGAGGAAAAACUGACCAAGAGUCUGCUGUGGCAGAAGAUAGAGACAUAAACCAGCCUUCCAGUAAUCAAAGUAUACAAGCAGAGAUCCAAGAGCAGUUCAUCUGGGGGAAUCGCACUGAUGGUGACCUCAUCAGAACACAACCUCAACGUUUGCCUCAGCCAAAUGUUUCAGCACUGGAAAGGAGUGAGGAAGAAAGUGGCAAAAUCCAAAAUGGCCAUGUGGGUCUGAGUAAUGGAAGUGGAAUUCACAAUGGAGUCAAGCAUAUGCCUGCAGACAACAGAAAGCUUUCGUCUCCUGUUUCAGAAAAAAUGCACAAAAAAAUUCAGUCCACCUUGUCUGUCAACAGCACCAGCAGCAAGAAGAGUAAAAUAAGCUCUGUGUUUUCUCAAAAGCCAGGUACCUCACCAGAAGAUUGCUGUGUUCACUGUAUCCUGGCUUGCUUGUUCUGUGAAUUUCUCACCCUCUGUAACAUUGUUCUGGGACAAGCGUCCUGUGGCAUCUGCGCGUCGGAAGCGUGCUGCUGUUGCUGCGGGGACGAGGUGGGGGAUGACUGUAACUGCCCAUGUGACAUGGACUGUGGCAUCAUAGAUGCCUGUUGUGAAUCUUCAGAUUGCUUGGAGAUCUGCAUGGAAUGCUGUGGGAUCUGCUUCCCAUCAUGAAAUAUUUAUCCCUUUCUAGUUUAUUCUCUAUAAAACUGGAGAGCUUUUCUUUAAAUAAAUUUGAAGAAAGACAAGGUAAGAUUUUCACACUUGCACUGUUAAUUCCCUUUAUAUAAAUAUUUUUUUAAAAAGCAAUCCUCAAAUCUGUAUUCUAACACGAAUUGUAUAGUUUUGUAUGUGAAACUAAAGCUACAUUCCAGCUUCCUUUUGGCUUUGCAAAUGGAAGAGUUUAUUGAAAGUGAAUUAUAGGCCUAAUACUGCAGGCCAUAUGAAGGCAAAAUUCCCAUUUGAAUCGAGUGAUAGGUUUUGGUCAGAGAACAGACUGCAAGGCAAACCUGAAGUAUUUGCCUUUACCUACUUUAAUGUUUAAACACUCAAAUGCCUCCAUGCAUAACAUGCCUUUACAGGCAUUUUGAAAAUCAAGAUAUCUCUAUUUCUCUCUCUUUGGGUUGAAAGCAACUUUGCUCUAUUGUUUUAAACUUAAUUCAAAAGCCAGCAUCAGAAAUCUUCCACUGGUUUUGCUACAGUGAUCAUGUUGGCAAUAUGUCUUUUGUUUUGAAUAUCUCAUUGGUUAGAGAGCAGUUCCUGGUAUUUUCAAUUGCUGAGAUUAUCUGGCAAUCUAAAGUCAAAUAUAAGUUUUGCCCUGGGCUAGAAGAGUACCAGGAUUUCUUUGUCAUCAGUCAAGACAGAAUAGACACCUUAUCAUUUUAGUUCAGUAAUAUUAUUACUUGAAAUGCUUUCUCUUAAAGAGACUUUGGAAAUCUGUGUAGACAUGAAACAUAUCCUCAGAGUAACCAACUAAUAGGCUAAUGAUACUUCAAAAAUUGGCUAUAAGAGGAAAAUUAUUAGAAGUUAACUCAAGAGUCUAAACCAGUGCAUAAAGUGGCCUGGUCAUGGCUGUUUGUGGCUUUGGAGCCAGUGUCACAUAACUUACUAUUUAUUUCUUUAUGGUCUAAGAAGGAUCUACAGAGGGUAGUAGAAUUUAAACAGGGCAUAAAAACAAAUUUAAAUUGACUUUAUUAAGGAAUUCUUUCAUAUUCAUACAUGCAAAAAGCACGUGAAAAAUGUUUAUUCUCAGAUACAUUUUAAAUGUUAUUUUUAAAUAACUGUGUAAAAAGAUCAUUUAAAAAUACAUUAUAUGCUUUAAAAGUAAAAGGACUGGUAUUUAAAAUAUUUGAAAAAUACAGCUAGGAUCUGUUGGACCUAACUGUAUAUUCCCUGUUACACCAUUAAGGUUUUCCAAGAAAUAUGUCUCUUUUGUAAUUGUAAUUGUGGAACACAUAAAGAGGUUUGUGGCAUUGCCAGAUUUAGGGAAUCAGUCUGCUCAUUUUCUUUACCAUCUGCUAAUUUCUACCCUCCACGUGUGUAGUUCAUAAACUGUUCUUUGUAAACCACCCACACAUCUUGAUCUCACAUACUUAAACUUUCCUGUUUACACUCCAGGUAUUCCAUUUGUAGAGCAUAGUUUUGUAGAUCUCCUAAAUUCAGUUCUUGUUACAGGAGUCAUCAAUAGCCAAUAGCAUGUGUGUUGAGUGAAUUGGCCAUAAAUGUCUCUACUAUAGUGAAUUCAGUUUAUGCAAAUGUGACAAGCUAAAGAUCACAGGAGUGUGAAGCUAAGUCGACAAAUGGUCUGAUAGUAACCAAAGCUGCUUCUUGUGAACACUGACUAGUAGUGCCUACUACUGCAAGUUAUCACUGAAGCCAAAUCCUUAACUCUGCUAGGGAGCUGGGAAGUGUUACAUUUUGCCUUAGCAUAUGCAAUAUUGUGGUGUAUUCUGAUGCAAUGCAGAUUCACCCUCAGAGGGUUUCCUAAUCUGUUUUUUUGAUAGUUACUACAAGUAUUAUUCUUAUUAUGUUUUUUUUUUCUUUCCAUAUAUUGGGCCAGAUUGUGACCUGUAGUCCAUAAACUAAGUGCAUUUCCAUUCAUGUCAGAAUUUUCUAUUGGUUAAAUUCCAGUUAGAGAGCACAAAAAUAUUAUGGUAAUAGGCAGGCUAAUAAGGAAUAAUAUAGUUAAAUUGAUAAAUUCCCAGUGCUCAGAAUCAGGCUCAUGGGGCUCAAUUAUGACUCCUAAAAGGCUGAACCACAUUGGGAAGGGGGAAGAGGUGCCUUGGUUGAGUGGCAUUGCCUGGAGGCGUUUUGUCUUUGUAAGGCAUAAUGCCUCUGGGGAAAUUGGGGGCAUCACAGUGAGCAUUGGGACUCAAUGCACCUUGGAAAAAGUCUAGACAGUACUUUGUCCAUUGCAGGUGUGUGGUUGACACCGUGGUUGUGGGAACAUGUUCUCUGGGGCUAGACAGCACCAUGAACUGUCUUUCCACAUGUCCUUCUGGUCACAGAGGUGAAUUAGGGCUGUUUCUUGUCUGAUUGUGCUUUUGGGACAGGGAAGAGGACUCCCCGUCUCUUGUCCUGCCCCAAUAUCCAUGCCCUGCUGGAACAGGUCCAGUUCUGUGCUUGGAAAAUGCACAUUUGUGUAUCAUGCUUUUAGUGAAUGCUAGAUCUUACUAAAAAUUACUUUUACCAGAGGUUGAUAUGGUUAAAAAAAAUAAAUUAAAAAUACCAAUUUAGGGAGUUGCUUGCCUGUGUAAAAGUUAUCUACAGAGUUUGUCCUGCACAAGGCCUUGUUUCUACUUACUGGAACUUAGUGGGUUUUUGAUUUAUUGAAAUAAUACAAGCAAUAAUUAUGAGAACUUUGUUCAUGCAUAUGUGUAUAUAGUUUUUCUCACACACCUGGACAUACAUACACAGAUAUGUCUUUUCCCACUUUUUUUGUGAAAUACAAGGAAGUGAAAAUAGUGUUAUUAAACCUCAUAAUGAUUAGAGGUAUCAAAGUAUUACAGACAAUUGAAAAAAUAAAAAAUUGUGUAUUUUGUUUGACAUUUAAAUGUAAUCUGCUACUGUUUGCCAUAGAGAUAUUAGCACUUUUGAAAAAUGUAUCUUUGUAGCAGAGAAUAUUAGCAUGUAGUUUAAGGAAUUCCUUUCUGUAUUUACAUCCUUAAAUUCUGUUUUGUAAUUUUCACUCUAUAAUCAGUCUUGUAAGCACCUUGUGUAAUAAAAAAAAACAGAAUCAGAAGUCAAAUGUGAAAAUAGAGUUUAAAUAAAAUGAAAACAUUAGCAUUUAAUUGUCUAUUUUAUAAUAGUACUUGUGAACUUGUACAGUGUUUCAGUUUAUAGUUCUGCAAACUGGCCCAUUUGAAAGACAUGAUGUUUGUACUUUAUAUCAAUUGGAUGUGCUACUUGCAAACACUAUUUUGAAAUAAAGAUCUUUAUUUUGAAA